AGCUUUCCAUCAUAUCGGAGGCCAUGGCUUCUCUCUCACCUCCAAUAGUCACCACGACUACCAUUUCCUCUACUACAACUUCCCUUUCUCCCUUCUCCCACAAAAACUCUCAGAUUUCCUUAAUCGGGAAAACUAGGCAGUGCAUCCGUACUCGGGUUUCAUGCAAAGCCGCAAAUAGCGACCAAAAUGAUGCACAACCUUCUGCAGCUAAGUUCGAUAGGAGAAAUGUGCUUCUCGGUCUUGGAGGCCUAUAUGGGGUGGCCGGUCUUGGAAGCGAUCCCUUCGCUUUUGCCAAGCCCGUCGCCCCACCUGACGUGUCAAAGUGCGGGCCGGCAGACUUGCCUGAUGGCGCGACACCGACAAAUUGUUGCCCGCCAGCGGCCUCAAAGAUCAUCGACUUCAAGCUGCCCUCGCCAACCCCAUUGCGUGUUAGACCCGCCGCUCACGCCGUGGAUGAUGUCUACAUUGCAAAAUACACCAAGGCCAUGGAGCUCAUGAAAGCCCUCCCCGACGAUGAUCCCCGUAGUUUCAAGCAACAAGCCAACGUGCAUUGUGCUUAUUGUGAUGGUGCUUAUGACCAAGCCGGGUUUCCGGAUCUUGAGCUCCAAAUCCACAACUCAUGGCUCUUCUUUCCCUUCCAUAGAUACUACUUGUACUUCUACGAGAGAAUCUUGGGUAAGCUCAUCAACGACCCGACAUUUGCUUUGCCGUUCUGGAACUGGGACUCCCCUGCUGGCAUGCAGUUGCCUGCCUUGUUCGCCAAUCCCAAAUCACCUCUUUACGACAAGUUCAGAGCCGCUGCUCACCAGCCGCCGACCCUGAUCGACCUCGAUUUCAACGGUACCGACGACAAGACAUCAAACACAACUCAAAUCAACAGCAACCUAAGCAUUAUGUACCGUCAAAUGGUGUCCAACGCCAAGAACGCUCAGCUCUUUUUUGGCAACCCCUACAGGGCUGGGGACGAGCCUGACCCAGGUGGUGGCUCUAUCGAGGGAACCCCACACGGGCCAGUCCACUUGUGGACUGGUGACAGCACCCAGCCUAACUUUGAGGACAUGGGAAACUUCUACUCCGCCGGUAGAGAUCCUAUUUUCUUCUCGCACCACUCCAAUGUUGAUAGGAUGUGGAGUAUAUGGAAGACCCUAGCUCCCAAAAACAAAGACAUCACCGACUCUGAUUGGUUAGACUCCGGCUUCCUAUUCUACGACGAGAAUGCAAACAUGGUGCGCGUGAAGGUACGCGACUGCCUUGAUUCCAAAAAUCUCGGCUAUGUGUAUCAAGACGUGGAGAUUCCAUGGCUGAACUCCAAGCCAACGCCCAGAAGGUCAAAGGUGGCAUUCAGCAAUAUAUCCAAGAAGCUCGGUGUGGCUAACGCCGCCACCUCAUCAGCCAAGGUGGUGAAGAUCACUGAUUUUCCUAUAUCUUUGAACCAAAAAAUUAGCGUGGCGGUGCCAAGGCCCAAGCAGAAGAAGAGGAGCAAGAAGCAGAAGGAAGACGAGGAGGAGAUUUUGGUGAUCGAAGGAAUCGAGUUCGAUAGAGAUGUGGCGGUGAAGUUUGAUGUGUACAUUAAUGACGAGGAUGACUUGCCUAGUGGUGCGGACAAGAGUGAGUUCGCCGGAAGCUUUGUCAGUGUGCCGCACAGGCAUAAGCACAAGAAGAAGAUCAACACUAUUCUGAGGUUGGGCUUGACGGACUUACUGGAGGAUUUGGACGCCGAGGAUGAUGAGACGGUGGUGGUGACUUUGAUUCCAAGGUAUGCGGCGGAGAAAGUCAAGAUUGGUGGCAUCAAGAUUGAAUUUGCUUCUUAAAUUAUUGAACCCCAGAGUCAGGAAGCAGUAGCACCAUCCUUGUUGGUUUAGAUCUAUAGCUAGCUAGCUAUUGAUCACCUUGGGGUGGUACAUGAUACUGUGAUAGAUUCUUCAAUUUCGUUGUUUUUUCUUUCUUUCAAAUAAUCAAAUUUUCCUGUACAAAUAAAUUUGAUGUGGAAUGCAUUUUCCUGCAUUUCCACCACUAAAAAAAUACCCGUGUACCCAAUUUUAGUCUUGGUCA